CAUAUAUUUACUAGGCUAGAGUAGUAUUGGUUUAAGAAUGAACUUGGUUCCCUUAGCCUAGUUAGUACUGUGGUUAUCACAACUGGAUAAAGGGAAACUGAAGAAGAAACACAAACGGAAACUGCAUAAUGAGCCUCAGCAAAAAGAGAGCAGCUCCAAGACCUCCGGUCCCUGGAGUUCAAAGUACUCCCGCUGGAAAAAACAAAGAAAAUGAAAAAAUACUAAAGAAGGAAAAUGGUCAUGGAGAAGAUCUAAACAUGAAUGAAAAUAUAAUUUUAAAAGUGGUCAUGCCAGAUCAAACUGAAGAUGAAAUUGAAGUACCUGGAUUAAUACCUUUGAUGGAUCUGCGAAUGCAACUGUGUGCUAAAUAUAAACUUUCUCCAAGUUCUUAUAAACUUGAACCGAUUGAAUUAGAUGGAAGAGCAAUACCUUUCACACAAUCAAGUACAGUUGUAUCAAUUAAUGCAAAAGCUGUUGCUCUCAAAACGAAAGCUAAAGAGCCAGUGAAAAUUGCACCACCUAAAGUAGUAGAGCAAACAGUCAGAUUGACAAUCAGAAUGUCGCAAUCACAUAAACAAGUUCUUCGAGUUAGACCCAACACGUCUUUGGACAAAUUAUUGCCUCAAAUAUUAGAAAAAUCGGGAUUCAAACCAGAUAAGCAUCAAUAUGUCGAACUCAGACACCCUGAUCAACCAACCAUGACGCUUGAUACAUCUCGUUCUUUAGAUGAUUAUAAAAUUCGAGAGAUAUUUGUUGCAGAUAAAAGAGUACCAAUACAACAACAACAUGAACCUCAACCAGAACCGGAACCAGAAACAAUGUCAAUACAAUCUGAUGACACGUCGCCUGAUAAAAUUUCUGAUCAAGGAAUAAAGAAGUCUGGUAGCCUGAAGAAAAGCAAAAAGCUGAAAUCAUUUUUUCGUCUUUCGAAGAAAAGCAAGCAUUCACCAUUGUCGUCACCACCAACUUCUGAACAAUCAAGUUCAAGUCCACCUAUACCACAAUCAAGGUCUCCUGACACCAUCCAGCAACCUCAGUUUGCUAAUGUGAAUGAAAACAACUCAAAGCAAAGGGAAGAUGAACAUAAAGUCCAUAAAAAGAAGAAGGCGCCUAUAAAGCACCCUGAACCUCAGAAUGAACCGUUGCAUGGCCAAGUCACUGAAAAGAUUGAUGAGCCACAGAAAGCAGAGACAAUUCAAAAACAGAACUCGGUUGAAUCAGAAGAACACAUAGAGGAUGAGGAAGUCAUAAAGAUUGUCCCUCCUCGGCCUAACGCUCCACCCAGAGUUAAACCAAGACAGCAGCCUGUUCCAGCUACUCGUCUCCAUGCCACAGGUAAAAAGAAGGCACCUCCACCACCUACCAGUCCAGACAGUGCACCUGCUUCACCAACAAGACCUUCUAGACCAGAAAAACCUCCCAGAAAACAUAGUGUGGAGAAGAGUAAUAAGGACAGACCUGUGUUUAAUGAAGAAAAAUCAUCAGAUAAGGAAACACAAGAAACUGUUGUUGAUGAUAUUGCAAUACCAAUGCAGACAUCAGACACUAUUGAGACAAAGGUUGAGCAAAAGCCUCCAUCUGAUGAAGGCGAGGAACCAGCACAAAAGCAUGAACAUGAAGAAAUUAUUCGAGAUGUUGAAAUUCUGUUAGAAAAAGAGUCUGAAAUAAAACAGAAGUCGGAAGUUUCGAGUUCUGAGGACAUACAUGAGAAAAUGGGUGAUCAACCACCUCAAAUUGAGAGUGCAGAUGCCGAGUUUGAGAAAGUAACUCUUGCAAAACCGGUAGCUGUACCAAGACUUUCACAAUCGGAUGAUUUAAAAACGGAAUCUGCAAAUAACAACGAAAUUCAGACCGAGUUUCCAUCUGAACCACAAAAAGAUGAUUCUUACAGUGUGAGCAUCAGUUCUGCUGAAGAUAUGGAAGAAACACCUGCUGAUACAGAAUUCAAAAUAAGUGAUGAAAAUUUGGUUGUCACAGAUGCAAUUCCAAUCCAAGACGAAGUUACGACCAAACCUGAACCUGAAGUGGAAAACCACACUGAAAAUGAAAAUAAGGUUGAUGAAAAAGCCAAAGAAUUACCACCAGAUUUGGAACUAUAUGCCACAGAUAUGAAAUUCGAUAUAUCAGAGAGAAACGAUGAUGAUAUGUACGGACCUGGACAGAUCAAACAUGAUGAUGACACUAAUGAACGCAAAAUUUCACAUGAUGAUGAUGUGACAACUGAAAAUGAGCAUCCAAUCGAAAUACCGGAGCCUGUCAUUGCAAUUGAGAAAGAGGAAAGCAGUGAUGAUGAAGCAGAAAACAUUGAAACGUCAUCAGAACCAAGAUCUCUUCAUGUCGAUCAUUCAGAAAUCGAUUCCAAAACUGCUCUAGCUGACGAAGACAACUUAUUUACAACUCCAAGUCAUUACGAUCCAAAUUUUGGACAAGUAGACGCUCCAGAAGAUGAAUUUGAUUUCAUGGCUGCGGAAGAAUUAGCUCGAAGCAUGAUCACUAAUUUUAAUCCAUCUUCAGAGACGCAAGAUGAUGAAUUUCCUUCGCCUCCUCCACCAGAUGAUUUUGACAAUCAGCCUACACCUCCCCCACCUACUCCUUCCAUUGUAAAACAACCUCCUCAACAAUUUGAGAACAAUGUAGGGACAACUGUUGAUGAGGUGGAUGAAGAUGACGAAAUGACAAAACAAAAAAUAGAAGAACUUCAACAACAAAUCAAUAUGGUGAAAAGGGCAAAAGCAAAGAAAAAAGCUGAAGAGGAAGCUGCUAAAAAGCAACCUUAUACUAUCAUAGAAGAAAAACAGACAGUACCUGGAGAAAUGCAAAAACCAGGGGCUAAAACAUUUACUUUUGUUCCAAACCAACGAACUAAGAAAGUUUACGAGAGUUACGAGACCGCUGCCCCAGCUGGAAUCAAUUUAUCUCAGAGUGGAGAGAUAAGAGGAGUUGGAGUGCCUGAACCCCAAAAAGAUGAAAAUGAGCGAAAAAGUCCGCAAGCGGCACCUGAAAAGGUGGAACCAAGUGCAGUUAAACCAGUGGAAAAGUCUUCAACGCCGCCGCCACAGGAACCGAUCAUCAAACAACAACCAGUAGUGAUAAAAAGUUCUGUAUCCUCCGCAGCUACAACCGUGCCGCAACAACAACCGGUUGUGAUAAAAGAGAAAGAAAAAGAGCCUCAAAAACCAAAAGGAGUUCCUGCAAAUGCGCCUCCUUUACCGAAAGGUCUUUCUGGUUAUGUCGCAUCUGCCGCUAUGAAACGUCAAAAUGUGCAAAGUAAGCCGUAUGUUCCAUCACAAGCAGCACAAGAUGAAGAACUGUCAUCAUCAAGAAAAUCAUCCUUGCCAAACUAUUACAAAAAAUUCCUUGGGAUCAAAGCUUUACAAUUCGCUGCUGAAAAUAAAGAUAAAGAAGACACGACUAAGAAGCCGUCAGUUAUUACUUCACCUGUCCCAGAAGAAAAAGUAGUGCCAAACGGAGAAUUAUCGCCAAAACCAGAUCCUCCCAAAAAACCUGAAGCUUUAAAAUCAGGUGCUCCUUUACUAGUGAGUGAUCUAAAACCGAAGGGUUUAAAAUCAGGCGCCCCUCCACCCAUGGGUGAGUCUGUGAAACCCCAAGAAGUUAAAAUAGUCGAACAAACUAAAAAUGAAAACAAAUCUGCACCUGUUACCGAAACCAUCAAAAUUGAACCGGUGACGCAGCUUCCUCUUCCACCAGAAGAGAAGAGUCCACCAAAACCAAUGAACCCUGUAACCAAUAUAGAUGAUGUUCCACUCCCUCCACCACCAGAAGAAUUUUUGACUCCAGCGAACACUGCACCACCGACUUCUCUAGAUUAUUCAAGGAAAUCUUCAGCGUCAUCCACUUCAUCAACUAAAUCACCUGGUUAUUCUCCACGAUCCUCGAACUUUGUUGGAAUUUCCGCUGCAAAACCUUUCAGCCCUGGUGGAGGCAACAGACCAAAGUUUCGUCCAAUGUCAGCAGCAUUUAAGGAUGAUGCUAAUAAUUUCCAUCCUAAUACUAAUUAUGACGAGCUUAUAUGGAAUCAUGGAAAAUAGCAAGAAAAUAAAACAGGGUAGCAGAAUGGAAAAAUCAAGCACCCCCUAAUGUCCUGACCUUUGACUUGUGAAGGAAUGAUGGAUUUGUCGAAGUUGUUUCUUAUACUAUUCACCUAAUCAUUAAUUCAUCUCUUUCAUAUUUUGCUUUUAUUUCAAUCAGAAGUUAUUGUUCUGAAAUUGAUUAUCAUAGCAUAGAUAGAAUUAUGGUUUAUUGUAAUUUCUUCUGUUCUUCUUUUAUUACUUCGUUGAGUUUGCUCACAGUCACCAAAUAUGAGCAAAAGCUUAAAAUAGAAUCUUUUUCAUUUUACAUUUACCAAAUUUGAGAUUAACAACUAGAUAUUGAUUUAGUAUAAACAUAAUUUUAAUUACCUAAAAAGAAUUCAAUAAUCUAAUUGCCUGACAGAUUUUUUCUUGAUUUUUCUGUAGUAUUGUUUUUGUUUCAAUAUAUUUGAUCGCAUUAAAAAGAUGUUUUAUUGGCAUUAACGGUACAAUGUUUUUAAUUUUUUUUAUCAAAUUAUUUGGCUGUGCCAAGUGCUUUUGUUGUACUUUUGGGUGAAUUUAAUUUCUUGUCCCCGACUUCAACCAAAAACAUUAUCACACUCCAGGUACUUUUUAUGGUUUAAAAUUCCUGACAUUUCUGAACAUAUCCGAAUUUCUGACUGAUUAUGAAACAAGUGUUUCACAUUCCAGUGUAUGCAAGCGCCAAUAGUUUGUCAAAUCUUGUGUUUUGAUCAAUUAUAAAUGCUGUAUAAGAAAGGAAUAGUUUUGCCUCAUCAUACUGUAUUUAGAAAUCAUUUUUACAGUUCUAUUCCAAUUUGAAAUUGAUCUUUCCAUAGCAAAUCUGGAUAUAUGUUCAAAUUUGAUGGUGUAUAACAAACAUCUGUGAUGAAGUAAUUUUGGUUAAAUGGAAAUCAAAAAACCCUUUUUGUAAAAUUAUUAUUUGAACUUUAAUUCCAACUAAUUGAUUAAUAGUACUGGGUUACCGAACAUCUGUCAGAAAAAUAAUUGUUUGUACAUUUGUGAUUAUUUUUGAGAUAGCAGCAGAUUUCAGUUUCUUUAUUAAGUUUACAUCCUAUAUAUACCUUGAUCUCCAGAGCACUGCAAAAAUACCAUUCUUUGAACUACAAUAUACAUCCUCGUUAAAUGGUUAAAUUUGACUAACACUAUUUGAUGUAAUGAAGAACAAUAUGUCUGACAGUCCACAUCCUUGUCUAACGCUUGACAUAUUGAUAUUUUUGUAAAUUGGACAAUUUCGAUCAUGUAUUUGGCAAAUAUUUUAUUUCCGGUCUUCUAACAUUGCCAAGAUAAUAUAUAUUCACUAUUUUAACUAUUAUUUUUAUUAAUUUUUCAUAUAAAUUGCCUCAUGACCGUGUAUCGAUAAUACACCAGAAUAGCAAUCCUUAUUAUCGUACUAAUUUUGUAAAGUUAAAAUCUUUUUAAGUUCUGUUGGUGCUAUCUUAACAGGUGCUUUAUAAGUUUAUUCCAGUUUCAAUUUGAGGUCAGCAAUCGUGACAUGGGUUUAGCCCCUUCCAGCAGUUUCAGGCUGCUUUGUUUGUGACCCAUCACCUGAACAAGAAAUAAACUACUUGAAAUGUUGACUAUCCCAGCAGUGGUUGUUUCAAUCUUUUUCAACCUAUUGACAAGUAUUUUUUUUCAUUCCAUGACGCUUGGUUCCCGCUAAGUAUUACUAAUUUUACAAAAUAUAAUUCCGAAUUUGUUCGAAAAUUGUGUCUCAUAUUGCAGUAUAUUAUUUUAUAAUUUUAAUUAUUAUUUAAUGAACGUGCUUUUCAUUGUUUCUCCAAAAACCUAAUUUCUGUAAUAUUAUCACAUGAUUAAGAUUUAUGGAAGUGUAUGCUUUGGUGCAAUAAAUUACCUGACUCAAUCAA